AUGGAAAAUAUUUGUCAAUUGCACUUUGCUGAUCUUGGCUUGGCAUUCGAAUUUUAUAAUUCAUAUGCCAAGACGAGGGGCUUCAGUGUGCGAAAGAGUAGGAGUAGAAUAGUUGAUGGAAAAGUUAGAGAAAAAACAUAUGUUUGUUCUUGUGAAGGGUAUAGAUUAGAAAAAUGGAACCAUAUGAAAAAUCGAGUUAGGGAGCCAAAAUCAGAGGCAAGAUGUGGUUGUAUGAGUAAACUUCAUGUGAUCUUCAAUGCGGUAACUGAGAGUUGGGUAGUGAGAGAUUUUUGUGAUGAACACAACCAUGAGCUUGUUGUUCCAAAGUUAGCAAGAAUGUUAAGAUCUCACAAGAAAAUGACUGAGCCCGACAUUAGUCAAAUGAACCAUAUGAAAGAGGUGGGGAUCAGCAUGCCAAACAUAUUUGGGUCAUUAGCUAGCCAGUGUGGUGGGUACGAGAACGUUAAUUUUUCAAUUAAGGAUAUGCACAAUCAAGUUGCGAAGCAAAGAAGACAAUUACCUGAUGAUUUAACCUCUGCAAUGGCUUACCUGGAAACGCUAGCAGCAAGGGAUCAAAACUUGUUCUAUAGUGUUGAAAAGGGAAGAGAAGGAGUGUUUCGGCAAAUUUUUUGGUGUGAUGGCCGGUGUCAGUUGGAUUACGAUCUGUUCGGGGAUGUGCUAGCAUUUGACGCCACAUAUAAGAAGAAUAGAUACAGAUUGCCGGUGGUAAUAUUCUCGGGAGUUAACCACCAUAAUCAAACCGUUGUAUUUGGUGCUGCGAUAGUUUCAAAUGAGAGGAAAAGCACCUAUGUGUGGUCACUAAAACAGCUUCUCAUAGCAAUGAAGGGAAAGACACUGACUUCAGUAAUUACGGAUGGUCAUCCAUCGAUGGCUAUCGCUAUUCAGGAAGUGUUUCCGAAUGCACAUCAUAGGUUAUGUGCAUGGCACUUGAUGCGUAAUGCAACAAGCAAUAUUCACAAACCUCAGUUUACGAAAAUGUUUACAAAGUUAAUGCUAGGUGAUUACGAAGUUGGUGUGUUCGAACAAAAGUGGGAGGAAAUGGUUGGAUUCUUUGGAGUGGAAGAUCGGGAAUGGAUAGUAGAUAUGUAUGGGAAAAGAAACAUGUGGGCUAUCGCUCAUAUCCGAGAAAAAUUCUUUGCUGGGUUUAGAACGACUUCGAGGCGUGAAAGUCUACAUGCUGUCCUCAAAAGAUAUGUUAAAUCACGCCAUAAUUUGACAGAAUUUGUUCAACACUUCCAGCGUUGUUUGAGCUACAUGCGGCACAGAGAGGAUUUGGCAGACUUUAAAUCAUCAACUGGACAACCUGUGAUGCAGACACACUUUCAACAAUUAGAAAGGUCAGCAGCUACCAUUUAUACCCGACAAAUUUUUGUGUUGUUCCGUUCAAUGCUCCACAAGGCCAGCACAUUAAAGGUAACAUAUGAAGAGGAAACGAGUUCUUGCAAGAUUUAUCAGGUGUCAAAAUUUUACAAGCCUAACAUGAUAUGGCAUGUGUCUUUUCACGGAGAGCAAGAUGAAUUUAAAUGCUCAUGCAUGAGAAUGGCCUCGAUAGGUAUUCCAUGUAGUCAUAUACUUGUUGUUUUGGGUUUUCUAGACAUUGCAGAGCUACCAAAAUCAUUAGUGCUGCGAAGAUGGACUAGAAAAGCGAAGGAAGGCAUUAGUGGGUAUGAUGACAUGGGCGGCUUGAUGGAGGAUUCCUUGGCUAUCAGUCGGCGUGCAUGUUUGGCACAUUGGUAUAAACAAAUUAUGAACGAAGGGUGCCUAAAAGGGGAUCUUUUUAAUGAAUCACGAGAUGCAUUGGUAAAUAUACUUUCAUGUAUUAGGGCUCAUAGCGGGGACAAUAACAUCAUGGAGGGGCAUGCGGAAUACAUGUAUGAAGACCUUGCAAAGAAUGGAAGUACUGAGAUAGAGACCAUAAGGAAGCCUAAGCAUUACAGCUACUGUCGCAGGGGGGGCAUAACAUUGCUAUGUGUUCCAUGA